AUGUCUGGUCUUCCUCAAAACCCCAUCAGCAUCAUUCUGACAUGUCCUGGGAGCCCGUCAAGCUUGGAAUGCACUCGCGUUGCCUCACGCAGUUCUUCGCGGAGGCCCAGCAGCAAUGACAGUACGUGCAGUCUGAAUGUGCCUUUCGACCGCCAGCCCACGCCACAGGUGUUCAGUAUCAGCGGCAACACUCUGAACAACAGCAGGUCCAAGUCCUUGGUCAACAUCCCCAAGUGCCAAAAGGGCGGAUCUGACCAAGACAGCAGCCUCAAUGGGAUCGAAGAAAGUCCUAAAGAUAUCUCGGGGCUGAAUUAUAGAAGAGGAUCGCUGCAACCAGAAAAGAAGGGUAACUUUCCCGCGGUUAAGGAUGCCUUCGGUCCACAGUUGACCAAUGACUCGUUCAUGACGUUGCCGGGAACCCCUAUACCGUCGUUGGUGCAAGACGAUUCGGACGAUGAAUUUACGGAGAUACCACCACCCACACCUGCCGAAAAGGAAGAGAUCUUAGAUCCAGAAAGCCUAUACUUCAGAGAUGGACGCAGAAAAAUCGACAUGGUUUUGGUUUACGAAGAAGAAGAGUUAGGUGUGAUGACUGAAGCCGAGGCAAAACGACGCGACAAUAGAAGAGUGUUCCAGGAAAAUCUCGUCAAGGAAGGUCUAGAAUUAGAACUGGAACACAAAGACAUAUCCUUCGACGGAAAAACUUGGUUUUUGAAAAUACACCUUCCAUGGAAGACAAAAACAAGAUACGCCGCUGUCAUGGGCCUAAAGCUACCAAUUAAAAGAUUUAUAACUAUAUCAGUCAAAGCUUGGGACGAUGAAAAGAGUCAAAACAAGAAGGAGUCUUUUUGGUCGAAACUUCAGAAAAAAAUUAAUGAUUUGACGCAAUUCAACACCGACUUGAUCCGGGAAGAACCGUCUUUCUAUGAGUCAACGAAGGGAGGAGAUCGUGAAGAACAGUUCGUGGUUAAAGAUCGAGUCACGAGUUACUCCAGUGCACAAAGAAGCCUCGUCGUCAUGCAGAUUCUACUCCGAGUGAAGUUUGAUGAAACGGACAAAGUCGGAAUAAGACGUCUUCUGAAUGACAACACAUACUUAGCAUGUUUUCCUUUACAUGAGGGUCGAUGGGAGAAGGAACAGAGUGAUGGAAGAAUUUUGGACCGUCGGAAACUAUAUCUUGAAUGGGCGAGACCUGGCGUAUGGAUGAAACGACAACCACUUUGUCUAGUCAGGAAGUACUUCGGAGAUAAAAUAGCUUUGUACUUUUGUUGGUUAGGGUUUUAUACUAAAAUGCUCAUAGCGCCUGCUAUCGUUGGAACUUUAUGUUUUUUGUAUGGACUUUUUACAAUCGAUAGCCCUGACAACAUACCAACGAAAGAAAUUUGCGACCCUAUGGGUCCUGGGAACAUAACCCUUUGUCCCUUGUGUGACAAAGCCUGUAAAUACCAGAAGUUAAUGGACAGUUGCAAGUUUGCUCGACUGACGUACUUAUUCGAUAAUCCAGCGACUGUUUUCUUUGCCAUAUUUAUGAGUCUUUGGGCUACCGUUUUCUUGGAACUAUGGCGUCGAAAACAAAGUGUAAUCCAGUGGGAGUGGGAUCUGCAAGGUUUUGAGAGUGACGAAGAACCUCGACCAGAAUUUGAAACAAGUGUCAAAACCUUUCGAACAAACCCUGUAACACGAGAAAAAGAACCAUAUUUGCCAACUCGGUCCAAAGCGUUUAAGUUUGUAGCUACAGGCUCUGCCGUAUUUUUUAUGUUAGUGGUAGUUUUGUGUGCCGUCUUAGGGACAAUAAUCUAUAGACUAUCUCUCGUGUCUGUCAUAUACGGAGGUGGAGGAACUUUUCUCAAAAGACAUGCCAAAAUUGUAACGUCGGUCUCAGCUGCAUUGAUCAACUUGUUAAUAAUAAUGUGCCUGACGAGAUUCUAUCAUAGGUUAGCCAUAUAUUUGACGAACGUGGAAAAUCCAAGAACACAGACUGAAUACGAAGAUUCGUACACUUUUAAAAUAUUCCUUUUUGAAUUUAUGAACUUCUACUCUUCACUCAUCUAUAUAGCUUUCUUCAAAGGAAGGUUUUACGCUUUUCCUGGUGAUACGGCCAUUAGGGAGACGAUAUUUUCAAGAGUAAAGGGAGAUAUUUGCGACCCGGCAGGUUGCCUGAGUGAGUUGUGUAUCCAAUUAGCUAUAAUUAUGGUUGGGAAGCAAAUCGUCAAUAAUAUCCUAGAAUUAUUUAAUCCAAAAUUUUACAACUGGUGGAGGUACCGCACCCACCGUUCCAACACCAAAGAUUUAUCACGGAAGCACACUAGAUGGGAGGAAGAUUAUCACAUGCAAGACCCCGGAAGGCUUGCUCUCUUCGACGAGUACCUGGAAAUGAUUUUACAGUACGGCUUCGUGACACUAUUUGUCGCAGCCUUUCCGUUAGCUCCAUUAUGUGCCUUAUUAAAUAACAUAGCAGAAAUUAGACUAGACGCGUACAAAAUGGUCACACAAGCAAGACGACCUCUGGCAGAACGCAGCGAAGACAUAGGGGCUUGGUAUGGAAUACUAAGAGCCAUAACUUACACUGCUGUUGUCUCAAAUGCUUUUGUGAUCGCCUACACCAGCGACUUUAUUCCGAGAAUGGUCUACCAGUACAAGUACUCGUUAAGUGAGGAUUUGGUGGGGUACAUAGACUCUUCUCUGUCUUUGUUCAACACUUCGGAUUAUCAUCCAGGUAUGGGUGGAGACGAUAAUGAAGAACCACCACCUCCAGAUUGUCAGUACAGGGGUUACAGAAACGGACCUGAUCAUGAGGAUAAAUAUGGCUUGAGUCCGCAGUACUGGCAUGUUUUUGCCGCCCGUUUGGCAUUUGUGGUUAUUUUUGAGCAUAUAGUAUUUGCUCUGACUGGAAUUAUGCAGUACGUUAUUCCAGGCGUCCCGUCAGAGUUAAAAACACAAAUCCAAAGAGAAACUCUCUUAGCUAAAGAAGCCAAGUACGAGCACGGUCUGAAGAAAAGCGACAACGACAUGUACGAAGACUUGAUGAAUAAUCUCAAAGAAAAUAAUAAUCCACGAUUAGAAGGGAGGCCAGCCAUACGCGGUUCUUGGGCUAGAAGAUUAAGCCGACUGUCAGAUGGUUUAGACGCUCAUGUAGAAGUCACAAGUAGAAAAAAAAAUUCUGUUAGUUCAACUGUGUGGGAAUGACACAAGUUUCCCCUUUUGUAAUUUUUUAAUGUAUCUAUAAUGUUAUAUAUAUGAAUGGAAAAAAUAAAGUUCUAGUUUUGA